GAAGACACUGAUAGCUUUUUUUUUCACUUAUUUUCGUAUUCCCGACUUGUUCGGCGAUCGUCUAUAAAUAAGGGUGGCAGAUGAAUGUGAAAUUCAGUGUAACAACACUCGCACUCAGAUUCGGUUCUUGUUACGGCAGUUAAAUCUUUAAAACAAAAUGGACACAGACGAUGACCAGAAAAUGGCCAUGCUGCGCAAGGCUUUCCAGAUGUUCGACACCACCAAGUCAGGAUACAUAGAUGUCCUGAAAAUCUCAACAAUUUUGAACACAAUGGGUCAGCUCUUUGAUGACGCUGAAUUGCAAGCACUCAUCGAUGAGAACGACCCAGAAGGUACCGGCAAAAUCAAUUUUGACGGAUUCUGUAACAUUGCCUCUCACUUCCUUGAAGAAGAGGACGCAGAAGCUAUGCAACAAGAACUGAAAGAAGCUUUCAGGUUAUACGACCGUGAAGGCAACGGUUACAUCACCACAUCAACCCUGAAGGAAAUUUUGGCUGCAUUGGACGACAAACUGAGCAGCUCUGACUUAGACGGCAUUAUUGCUGAAAUUGACACUGAUGGUUCUGGAACCGUCGACUUCGAUGAGUUCAUGGAGAUGAUGACUGGCGAUUAAAUUAUUAUAUUAUAUAAUAUAGUAUUAUUCUAUUAGGAAACUAUUGUAUAUUUACUAUGUUUUUAAGUCUUCCUUAGUACAAAACAAAUAAACAAUGCGGUAUUAGCAUCCACGCACAUUUUCUCCUCUAUCUUAUAGAUAGGCUAGUUGUGUGUUCGUUUUUAGGAUUAUUUUAGAAUAAUUCAUUUAAAACGUACUUAAAUCAUAUGCUAAUAUUUAUAACGCAUUGCAUGUCAAGACAAUAA